AUGAUCGGAAACUUGACAGCCAAGCUCCUGAAAAUGGCCGAAAAUCAACUGAGGAAUACGUUUUUGUGUAUCUUAUUGACGGAUACUGAAAAGAUCUCAAUUCAAGAAAUCACCCGACACACCGAUGUGGGCAAACGACUAGAGAGCAUCAAAAGAGUUCAAAAUGGAAUCAUAUUGAGAAAAAACACAUUUCAAAGAUUUACGGUCAUGAAAUCCCUCCAAUACCUAGCCAUUCAUCCAAAUCACGGACCCCUUUUAAAACUUGAACAUAAUUAUUAUCUGACUUCGUUAGAAUUUCGAGAUCUCCGAGUUUUAAAUGGAUCUAUGGCAAGCCCAAAAACUCAAAUACACAGAUUUCAACAAUUUCUUGACUUCCUAGCUGCAGCCGGCCACUCAAUUGAUCCUUGUAGUCCAGAUUAUUUUGAUCUACAUUUUAUGGAAGAAAAUUUCCCGUCCAAUCAUUGGUAUUUUGUGAUUGCUGGUUCCCUUGGAGCUCUCGCUGUCGUCAUGAUAAUAGACACAAUUUGGUUUACUGGAUUUCAAACUUCGUGGGAAAAAAAAAAACUAUUUGAAUUGGAAUUGGGAAGAGAGAAAAUUAGAUUUGAAAAAUCGAUGAAGCAAUAUGAACAAGAUGAGAAGUGGAAAAAAGAAGCUCAAGAAAUCAAAGAUGGGGAUAAGGAAUAUAUGGAUUUGCUGAAUUUACACAAUCAAGAUCCAUUUCAUGCCGAAGGGGAGUUGAUAAAAUGGGCGGAGGAGAAAAAGUUGGAGCAGGAGAAAGAAUUAAGGAAAAAUAAGUAUAUUGAGGAAAGAGAAAAAAGAGAAAAAGCAAAGGAAGAAAAGAUAAUUCGACAAUUAUCAGCAACAAGGAAGAAAGAGCAACGAAGAAGAGAAAAAGAAGAAGCACUAAAGAAGGAAAAUGAGAAGAAGAAGAAGAAUAAGAAUGAAAUUUCAGAAAAAGAAAUGAGAGAAAUCAAGAAGGCGAUACCAAAAUAG